CAGCCGCCUCAGCGCAUGCCCCGUGCGCGCGCAGUGCCGGCGGCAGUGAUGGCGGCUCGGUGUGUGAGGCUGGCGCGGCACAACCUCCCGGCUUUGGCGUUGUCUCUCAGGUCCUCUCCUCGGCUGCUGUGCACAGCUACAAAGCAGAAGAACAAUGGCCAGAACUUGGAGGAGGACGUGGCUCAGAAUGAACAGAAGACAGAUCUGCCCUCUGCAGAGAAGACACUGAUGGAAGAGAAGGCCAAGCUGGAAGAGCAGCUGAAGGAGACCAUGGAAAAAUAUAAGCGAGCUUUAGCAGAUAGUGAGAACUUGCGGCAGAGGAGCCAAAAAUUGGUGGAGGAGGCGAAACUAUAUGGCAUUCAGGGCUUCUGCAAGGACUUGCUGGAGGUGGCAGACAUUCUGGAGAAGGCAACACAGUGUGUCCCAAAGGAGGAGAUUAGAGACGAUAACCCGCACCUGAAGAACCUCUACGAGGGGCUCGUGAUGACUGAGGUCCAGAUCCAGAAGGUGUUCAGGAAGCAUGGCUUACUCCGGCUGAACCCUGUGGGGGCCAAGUUCGACCCCUACGAGCACGAGGCCUUGUUCCACACGCCGGUUGAGGGCAAGGAGCCGGGCAUGGUGGCGCUCGUUAACAAAGUGGGGUACAAGCUGCACGGGCGCACCCUGAGACCCGCCCUGGUUGGGGUGGUGAAGGAGGCGUAGCGGCCCUCACGGGCUCCGGGGCUUUGUUAGGAUCACUCGCUGACUCGGGCCGCUUCAUCUUUUCUCGUCUGCGGGUGCGCUUGACCUUUUCCUAAACCUUGUUGCCAGGCUUUAGUGACCAGUGGCUGGACAGGAAGUAAGCCAGUUGCACAGUUGUGUUAAUGAACAUUCGGGAGUUACUAGUUCCACGUGCUUACGGGACAGGCCGGCGGGACGCUACUGGACCCUAGGGUAUCGGGAAAAACACCGUGUCUGCUCAGACUCGGGGGACGUCAGAGUAUUUCAAGUGAAUAAAAGGUCUUCGGGAAUCCUGCUGUUGGCUAGCUGGCUGCGCCAGCUGCACUGCGUCUCCCCGUAGCACGCGACUUCCUGGACCGCUCAGCCCCGCCACCCGUCACUCGGGGAGGGCAAGGCGAGGGGUUAAACAUUUUUCUUGCUGAGAAAAGUUGUACGAUGCCCUUGGUGAGGAACAUAUUUGAGUUCGUUCAUGAUCAGUUACUGGCUCGCUGCUAAGAGCGAUCAUCUUCUGGCUUUGGGAGAUGUGAGACCCGCGGGCACACCCUAACGUCCUCGCCUCCUUAUUUUGCCAGUAACUGAAUUUGACACGCUCAGUUACUUUUGUCCUGUUUGUUCGUCUCUUUAUAGAAAGGUUUAAAUCUAUACCCAACUAGUUACUAAUGAUCAGAAGGUACUUUCCCUAGUAAGAUGGACUUUCUUAGAAAUCUGAGGACUGCGUGCUUGGUAUGUUUUAAAUGUUAAAUUUAAAAUUUUAUUUCAGAGGAUUAAAGCCCUGUUGUUUAUUUUCCUACGUUCUGCUAGCUCUGUGCUUUGGUGGAGGAGAGCAAGGAGACCCUUACUAAGCGAAGUGUGACUUAGCUUCCCGGGUCUUUGCUCACUCCUGCAGCUGUGUGCCUGACACGCGCAAACGUGUUGGCUUCUGUCCCGGGAGGGGACCGUGGGCACUCGGGAGCAGCAGCAAGGACACAUGACCGGCAGGCGCUGAGCCUGUGACUCGCCGCAGGACCCUCCGUUCCUCAUGUUAGGGGAAGAGUUGAGUGAGUGAGGCACUCUUAUAAAUGAGGGAAAAAAGUAACCUUCCACUAGCUUUGCUUCUGAGAGGUACUUCUAGGGUUAAAGGUCAACACUGUUACUUCGAUUUACUGCACAAAAAAGGUGGGCAGUCGAUUUGAAAGGUGUAGGUAAUAUUCCCAUAAUUAAAAUUCCAAUUUAUACCAUUUCAAGAAAUUUCCCCCCUUUUUAUAAAUUUAUUUCAUUUUCGGCUGCAUUGUGUCUUCGUUGUUGCGUGCAGUCUUUCUCUAGUUGCGGCGAGCGGGGGCUACUCUUUGUUGCGGUGUGCGGGCUUCUCACUGCAGUGGUUUCUCCUGUUGUGGAGCACGGGCUCUAGGCGCGCGGGCUUCAGUAGUUGUGGCACGCAGGCUCUAGAGCGCAGGCUCAGUAGUUGUGGCGCACGGGCUUAGUUGGUACACGGCACAUGGGAUCCUCCCGGUCCCCUGCAUUGGCAAGCAGAUUCUUAACCACUGCGCCACCAGGGAAGCCCGUCCCCCUUUUCUUUUAAAGCUGCUUUAAAUAACUUGGUCAAGGGCAUAGCCCGGAACUAAAGGCAGCAGUACAGCAUAUUGAGAAACAGCCGAGAGGUACGCCUGCUCUUCACACUGUGGCUGUGAGCACAGCCUUUCACCUCCCUGGACUCAUCUGUAAAAUGAGGGUGAAUAAGAAAAGUAAUUUUCGGGGCUUCCCUGGUGGCGCAGUGGUUGAGAAUCUGCCUGCCAAUGUGGGGGACACGGGUUCGAGCCCUGGUCUGGGAAGAUCCCACAUGCCGCAGAGCAACUAGGCCCGUGAGCCACAACUACUGAGCCUGCGCGUCUGGAGCCUGUGCUCCGCAACAAGAGAGGCCGCGACAGUGAGAGGCCCGUGCACCGCGAUGAAGAGUGGCCCCCGCUUGCUGCAACUAGAGAAAGCCCUCGCACAGAAACGAAGACCCAACACAGCCAAAAAUAAAAAAAUAAAAUAAUUUUUUUUUAAAAGUAAUUUUCAAACUAAUUUCUGUGAACGUGUGCAGUCCCCUCCCAUCCCUUUUCACCUAGAGCUGCGCCUGCAAAAAGGCGCUAAACCUAGAGAUGGUCUCGCUUAAAGGUGAUCAGCUAUUAUUUGUUUACUGUUUCACUCAUCCACAGUCACUGCUAACAGGAAAACAUUUAAUUUUGUACACACUGACACUGGCAAUUAAAGACCCGUGGGCCGCACCGUCGUCGAGUUCCUGGGUUUUGCGUGAUCGCGGCCUGGAUUCGUAGCACGGUGUAGGUGAGAGAGGCGCGCUGUCUACUCACCAUCGGCUCUCCCCGCCUGGCUCCACGAGAGCUCUGGGUGUUCCGCUUCUUUCAGGGAAGGAGAGUGGCGUGAAGGGUUUUCUGCUUAACUGAAAUCUAUUUUAACUCCUCACAGUUUGGAGGAAAAACUGGUGUGACACGUUAGUGCCACACUAUGACGUCACGGGCUGUCUGUCCCCCAUCCUGAUUUUGAAGGCUGGCUCAUAGCAUCUAUGAGACUGAAAAGCUAAGGCUCCAGGGGCAGGCGGUAAAAAGCAAGCAGUGACACUAUUUGGUUCUCAACCUGUUUAAUAUGUAAAAGGGAAAUAAGAACAGUAGGCAGAGUUUCGGUUUUAAUACAUUCUCGGAAUGUUGGCCACCCAGAGCAUUAUUCUGAAUAGCUGAUUAUCUUUUGUGACUCAAAGAGUUUAAAUUCUGAAAAGACCUAAUUAAUUCCAUGGGAUUAUGGUGACUAAUUUAUCAUGAGAAUUAAAUAUAGAAAUUUAAAGGCUCCGAGCUAACAGCAGGGUAAGGACUAAUGUGACAGUAAUAGCUGGAGUUGAUGGGAUAAGAGGCAACCAAUCGUAAAAUUACAUUUCCCUUGUAACGAAGCGUUAAUACUUUAACAUAAAUUAUACAUUCAUUAUGGUGUUUGUUUGUUUAAAAACAGUCAAGCCUAAAUAAAUUCUUCAUACCAUCAAAAAA